ACUGCAUCACACAUUUGAACUAGUGACCUUGACAUAGAAAAGGACCGGUAUCUAUCUCUAUUUAGCUAGCAACAAUGGAUUUACAUUCACUAAACUAUAAUAGAAAACGUAGGAGCAAAAAACGGGACAUUGCCCAAAGUCACGUUAAAUCACAAAUGACACAACAACAAAAAUUCCAUUAAUUUAUAACUUCUAUACUAUUUUUUCCUCCUAUUUCCCACCUCUACCAAAUGGGGAAUUAAUAAAGCCAAUUAACAUAAAGAGACUUUUUUCUUUUCUCUCAACAUUUCAAACAUACAAAAAAAAAUUAAAAAAAUUACACAGUACCUUGCCCAUAUAUUAAUCUAAAAUGAUAAACUUCAAACCAGGGCUUGCUUUCCUUUUACUAGCCUUGGCAAUCACCAUUGUAGCUGGUGAGGCUUCUGAAGUUAAUGAUUUCAGCUUUGAAAGUACCGUGAAUGUGGGUGAUUUAAUUGGAGAGGAGAAUGAGAUGUUGAUGGAGUCAGAGACAAAUCGUCGAACACUUGAGGGGCAACAAAGGUACAUUAGUUAUGGUUCCCUUCAGGCUAAUCAAGUCCCAUGUGGUCGUCGAGGACAAUCCUAUUACAAUUGUCAGCAGAGAGGUCAAGCGAACCCUUACAACCGUGGUUGCAGUCAAGCCACACAUUGUGCUAGAGACACAAGUUAAAUCACACAAACAAAUUCAGGAACAUAUUUAUUCGUACAACGUAUAUAUAAAAUAUAAAUAAAUAAUAAUAACAUAUUGUGGCUGAAUUUUUUAUUCUUCAAGGAUCAGUUGAUUGUUGAAGAAUAUCACGUAUAUUUCUUGCCACAUUUUCCUAUAGACAACCUUUGAAGAACUUACGGUUUUCAUAUGGGAAGUUUAUUUUUAUUUGUCCAGGUUUUGCAUAAUCAUUUCUGUUAAUUUUCUCAGAUGUUAAUGUCUUAGGGAUAUUGGACCCCUGAUUUUUUUACUUUUUAUAAUAUAAUAAAAUGACCGUUAUUUUUUUUG